AUGGAAGCAGCUAACCUCUCGGUGGCCUUCGCCGGGGUCGCCCUUCCCCUGGGACCCGAAGCCUAGAGCAGCAGCCCAAGCCCCGGCGGGGUCGUCCAGUUGACCCCAGGCGGCGGCACCCUGCCUGGUCGAGAGCCGCCCUUCUCUGUCUUCACGGGGCUGGUGGUGACGCAGCUCGUGCUGCUGAUUGCGGCCACUUUCCUGUGGAACCUGCUGGUCUUGGUCACCAUCCUGCGCGUCCGCGCCCUCCACCGUGUGCCGCAUAACUUGGUGGCCUCGACGGCCGUGUCGGACGUGCUCGUGGCAGCGCUGGUGAUCACGCCCCUGAGCCUGGCGAGCGAGCUGUCGACCGGGCGACGGUGGCGGCGGGGCCGGAGCUUGUGCCACGUGUGGAUCUCCUUCGACGUGCUGCGCUGCACCGCCAGCAUCUGGAACGUGGCGGCCAUCGCCCGGGACCGAUACUGGACCAUCACGCGCCACCUGCCGUGCACGCCGCGCACCCGCCGCCGGGCCUCGGUGCUCACGAUCGCGCUCACCUGGGCCCUCUCCGCGCUCAUCGCCCUCGCGCCGCUGCUCUUCGGCUGGGGCGAGGCGAACGACGCUCGGCUCCAGCGCUGCUGGGUGAGCCAGGAACCCUCCUACGCCGUCUCCUCCGCCUGUGGCGCCUUCUACCUGCCUCUUGGCGUGGUGCCAUCUGUCCGCUGGAAGAUAUACAAGGCGGCCAAGCUUCGCUUCGGUCGCCGCCGCAGGGCUGUGCUGCUGUUUGCCGCCACCGUGCAGGUGGUCUCAGGCAACCUGGAGAGGGUGAAGGUGAGCACAGCCAUCUCCAUAUAA